UUUUGCUGAUGACAUGUGGGAAAAACCUCGCAUGGAUGGGAAGCGCAAACUGAAGUACAACGCGGUGCCAACAAUUUUUAAUAAUAUACCUGCGUGCAAUGUAGAUACACAUGUUGCAAAUGCCAGGGCAUCUCCGAAGAUAGAUAAUGAAUGUGACGCGGUUUAUAACUCGACCAGCUCAGAUCUUCCUAUGCAAGUAUCAAACUCAUCUGAAGAUAACCCUAUAACAUGUGUCACUCCAGCAGAUCAAUCAUUUGAAGAUGUAUCAGUGCCACCCGCAACAUAUACAAAAACAAAAGAGGCUACAUCGAAAUUAGAGCAGGCAAACAUAAUUAUUAAUAGGCUGGAAAAAUCAAGGCAACUGUUAAAAAGACAUGUGAGACGAUUAACAGAUGAAAAAAAGAAACUUGCUCAAGAUAAUCUAAAGACAAAAUUAAAACGAAUCAAUGGGUAUAAGGCAUUAUUAGCUCAACAGCACCCUUUGCCAUCAGAGCGAACUUUACGAAGGAAGAAAGAAGGAGUUAAUUUUGAAGAAGGAAUAUUAGAGGACGUAUUUGAUAUUUUAAAGAAGCAAAUAUCUCUAUUCAAAGAUGAUCGAGAAAAAGACGCUAUGAUUGCUAUUGAUGAAAUGAGACAAAUACAAAAAGCAUCGCAUGCGUUAGUUAUUAUGCUUGCUGGUAUUUUUUCUCGAUGGAAGCAAGUUGUUGCAUACUAUUAUACACCUAAUAGAUUUAAUGGUGCUAAUUUAAAACCUAUAGUCGAAACAGUUAUUAGAAAAGCUGAAUUCAUUGGUAUAUAUGUCCAUAGUAUAACUUCCGACAUGGGAUCAGUGAAUCAAGCUAUGUGGAAAGCAUUUGACAUUUCAAGUGGAAAGUUGUCUGUAAUUAAAAAUUCCAUACCUCAUCCUAUAGACAACCAACGAAACUUGUAUUUUUUCGCUGAUGCACCACAUCUCUUAAAAAAAUUUUAG